AUGGAAACAAACUCAGUUUUUCAAUUAUUGCCAACUGAAAUACGUCCAGGAAUAUUUAAAAAUCUCAAUAGAGCGUCACUAUUCAAUUGUCUACUCGUCGAUCGGCAAUGGUGUCGUGACAUCGUGCCUAUUCUUUGGGAGGAACCGUUGCCACUAAAAAAAAAGGGAUUACCUAUAGCCUCAAAUUGUCUCUUUUUAGAAAGACAGUUAUUAUCCGCCGAUACAGUGGCAAAAAUCAUAGAUGUGUAUGUCAGUCUUUUUUCAAAAGAAUUCUGGCAACCUCUUCUUAAAAAUGAAAUCAGCCUACCACUUACCACACGGACUCCAACAUUCAACUAUGCUUCUUACUUAAAACACUAUGAACCAUAUGCAGUUUCAUUAGCUGCGGGAGCAUGGUUAAAACAAAAAACGAUUCCUUUGACGGAUAAGCAACUGCAACAACGUAAUGCAUUGACUAGCGCGUUAUGCAAACUAUUUCUUACCGAGGCGAAGUCUCUCAUAUCAUUCUAUUGUUACUUGAAUAGAGAUGCUGAUAUUUUCAGCUCGAUUUCUCGCGGAUGUCAGCCUAGUUUAAUUUUUAACAAUCUCAAAGAAUUAAGAAUAUUUGGAAUACAGGAUGGGAAUGAGCUUCAAAAGUUCUUUGAAAAUUUUACCAACAUUUGCCAUUCAAUUCGUGGAAUUACUUUUGGUAGGGGUCCAAUAUUUUAUUCCAAUAAUAAAAUAAUUGAAUUUUCCGAUGACGAUAAAGUUAAAAACGCAAUGAUGACUCAAAAUGAGCUCGAAUGGUUAGAAUUAUAUUGGUUAUCUGCCACUGCUAUCAGAUCUAUCAUUAGAGGUCUUCAAUCUUCAUCUCGUACAUUCAGAGCCAUCAGAUUUUGCAGGAUUGACUUUAAUAUAUUUCAGCCUGAUUCGAUAAUCGAAGGUUUAAGUUCUUGCGUAAAUCUGGAUUUUCAUGAAUGUAAUGCGAUUGAACAAAAGUCGUGGAUAGAAACUGGGAAAUAUUUUACGAAAUUGGAAUGUUUAAUGAUUGAGGGACACUUCCAACGAACGCCAAUAACUUUCAUCAAGCAAAUAAUCAAAACAAGUGGUGAUAAUCUCCAAUAUCUUUUAAUUAAAGAAACUUGCUUACGUGCUGCUUCUGAAGGACAUACCAUGCUUGCAGAACAACUAUUACCUUUUAUACUUAUGUACGUUAAAAAUUUACGAACUCUAAGUUUAGGAGAGUUAAAAUUGGAACAACUUUCCUCUAUACAUGAAUCUUGUCCAAAACUUGAGAAUAUCGAUUUUUAUUUCAAAAGGUUACGAAAUUACUGGGAACCAAUAUCAGUCCCUGAUUAUCUUAGAUCUAAGCUCAAAAAUUAUGAGAUUAUAAAGAUUCAUGACGUUAUAGGGAUUUAUCCAAAGUACUUCAGAUGA